AAAUCUAUUGUUAUAUUUCUCACUUGGCAAACUCUGUGACGGGAGGCUAGCUGGUAUAUAUACACAUGUCACGCAGCAGUUGGUGAAGUCGGUAGGGAUUAAUUGAUACAGGAAAUUAAUAUUGCAUUGGUUUUUUGGCAGUGAUGAUAAUGAUUUGAUUACUGGACACUUAAUGUUAUAAAACUGGUGGAUGUUUAUUCGCAUUGAAUGCGCAGUGCAGUGCUGACAUCGAGCGAGGCGAGUCACGACAGGAUGUUGUCAUUGGAUCAAUUGUCGCGAAUGGUAAAGGAACACUUAGGACUCUACAGCUCCGUCGACGGAGUUCUACAUUCCAGCAAAUGGGAAAUCGGUGAAUCGUCAGUUGGAGGCCGCGGGCUUAUCGCAACGGAAGACAUAUUACCGGGUGAAGUACUCUUCGUGGAUCACCCUCUCAUCAGCGGGCCCCGGGCUGCAUCUAUAGAACAAGGCGGAUGUACAGCUUGUUAUAAAUACGACACAGAGAAUGUGGUUAAAUGUUUAAAAUGCGGAUUGUUGUUGUGUUCCAAACAGUGUCAAAAUAGUGACGUGCAUUUUACUGACUGCAAUAUUAUCUCACGCUGGGAGAAAAAAAUGCCAGUUGAAGAGUUCAGCGAUAAGACGGUGUCACGCGCACUCACUGCCAUACGUGUGUUAUUGCUUAACGAGGAUCAAAAACAAUUACUAUUCGCUCUACAAGCUCACAUGUUACCACAACACGGAACUGAGAUUAGAGACCUAAAGCAAUACUUUGAAAUACCAGAAUCCGAAGAAGAUCUAAUGAGACUUGCGUGUUGCGUACUCGAUGCAAACGCGUAUCAAAUUGCAAUCGCAUACGGAAAGAAGGAAAUGAGCAGAAGAGGGCUAUAUCCUGUUGCUAGUUUGAUGAAUCAUAACUGUGUACCAAACACGAGGCACAGUUACAACAGCGAUGCUCAAAUGACAGUCAAAGCAAUUAAGCAUAUACGAGCGGGAUGUGAGAUAUUUACAUGUUACUCUGGAUUUUUAUGGGGGACGCCUUCCCGACAAACUCAACUGUAUAAUACCAAACAUUUUCUGUGCAAAUGUGACCGUUGUGCAGACCCUACUGAGAGAGGAACUCUCCUAGCCGCUCUCAAGUGCUUUGUGACCGAAUGUCCUGGUAGUAUAUUACCUAUUCAGCCGUUGAAUAUGGCCAGUGCGUGGCAAUGCCUUGAGUGUGGGUUGAGAGUACCUAGGAAGAAUGUCGGUGCCGUGCAGAGUGCUAUCGGCAGCUUACUCGGGUCAAUAGACUUUGGAGACGUAGACCAUUUGGAAAACUAUCUCGCUAACCGGAUCACUAAAUACAUUCCAAAAACGAACCAAGUAGUAGUCGAUCUACAGUGCCGGAUUAUUUGGGAGUUUGGAGAAGUUGAAGGACUCCGUUAUCAUGAGCUGUCGGAAUCCCGUCUGUCACUGAAGGAGACGCUGUGCCGCGGCACGCUGCGCACGGUGGCGACGCUGGGCGCGGGCGACGCGCACCUCCGCGGCCUGCUGCUCUACCACCUGCACGCCGCGCUGGCCGAGCGCGCGCGCCGCUCACCAGACCUGUUUGAGGAGUUGAAGCCAGAAAUCGAAAGUACAAUCGAGCAGGCCUACAGCAUUUUGCAAGGCGACGUGUCCGCACCGCCCGACCUCGAGCUACGGCGCCGCUACCUCGGCCCCGGCUGCGACAAACCCCAAGAAGAGCGGUUCUUUAUCCUGGACGCUUAAUGUCUACGAGUCGUACAUAAUCUAAAGCCAAAGUGUCCUAAAAUUAUAAUUAUUUCCAACGCUGUUAAUACAAAUAGAUUAUACCUAUGUACCUACAUACAUACGCUUAUUUGAGCAACACAGUUGACACCAAAGUGCUAUUUAUAGGAGUUUGAAGUCUAUACCUCGUUUUUUUUAGCAUUAGAAAAAAGGUAAACAAUCUUGAUGUGUCUUUUAAUUGAAAAACACAUUUUAAAAAUAAGUUACGGCAAAUAUGUUACAAUUAUGAAUCUAAUACGAUCAUUUAUAUUCUUCUGCUUUCAUAAGUAAUAGUUUUUGAUUUUUAAAAAGCGUUUAAAAUUAAAAGACAUGCCAAGAUCGCUGAUCUUCUUGCAAGUUCUUUCUAAUGCUAAAAAAAAACGAACUAUAGCAACUGAAAUUUAUCAAAUGGAACUUAAUCCUCUAGUCUUCAUUUUGAGACGCGUUUUGUAAAAUAUGUUAGAUAUUUUUAAGUACUACUUAUACUAUAAGUACUCUAUAAUUUUUGAAUCUAGUAAAAUACGAAAUAAAUAAACAAUGUGAUUAUGAAUUUGGUUUUAGUGGCAGGUAAGUAGGUAUAGCACAGUUAAGUAAAAUAAAACAAGAUAAAUUAUAAUUAUUUUGUAACACUAACUACCGUUUUUUGAGUAAACCUGUAAUUAUUUUUGGGAUAUGCAGGUCACAUGUCGAUGUGGAAGUGUGUCAGUAUCAGUAGGUCUAGGUAGGUAUUUAAUGAACAGCCUUUACUAUGGGACUGACCUCCGAAAUCGAGAAACAAUUGUAGCUGUUUCUAAAAAACAUUUACAUAUCUGUCGUAAUCUGUGUAUUCUUUUUAAUAUUUCGGGGUUGACCCCGUAGUAACCCCGAAAUUUCCCGAAAAGUCCCAUACACCUUAAAAGUCAUUUA